GGACUCGGGCUCGUCUGCAAAAAAAUGCCCUCCCAAAACCCAGAACCCCCACUCCCACCUGCUAGUGUUAGCUCGCUCGCUCCCAUUUCCGUCUCUCCCCUCCCUGUUCCCUCCGCUCGAUCCAAACCCUAGGCUUGGCGUGUGCUACUCCACUCCAGAACCCGCCCGAACCUCCGCUCUUCUCGCCCGAGUGGCGAGUGCCACACCGCGGUGGCAAUGGAUUCGACGGGGAAGACCACGGAGCCUCCCCAGCUAUCGCCGCAAGCGGCAUCCGCGGCCCAGAUCUCCGCGGUGCCAGGCAACGACGACAUCCUCCGCGAGAUCCUCCUCCGCCUCGACUUCCCCACCUGCCUCGUCCGCGCCGCGGCCGUCUCCAAGCGCUGGCUCAGGCACGCCUCCGACCCCGCAUUCCUCCGCCGCUUCCGCCGCCUCCACCCGCCCCGCCUCCUCGGGUUCUACCUCGACACCAGCAACUCCUGGCUGCGCUUCAUACCGCUCCCACAGCCCCCGGAGCUGGCCGCGGUCAUCCGCCGCGGAAAUUUUGAUUUCGGCAGAGGCGCUGGACACGUGUCCGACUGCCACAAUGGCCGCCUCAUCGUCUACAUCGAUGACCGCCCCGGCAAAACAACGGUGUGCAGACCGCUGCACCCUGGGAGAGGAGCCACAGUCCUUCCACUGCCCCAGAUCCCUUCCGUGGGUCAUGACGGCGUUGACAUCUUCUCUCAUGAGUUUCUGUUCCAUGACGAUGGCCGUGACGACAUGGCCAUCUCUGCGGCAGCCGUGAUGCGCGAUUUGUGGCAAGCAAGGGUCCAGUUACAAGAUUUUCAAGCUGGAGACUGGGGGCAAGCACGAAAUUCGGACCUGAUACAGUUACCUGGACGGUGGAAGAGAUGUGAACACUCUGCUUUGCUGGCCCAUGGCAAAAUCUACCUGAUAUGCAUGUCGCAGUACAUUCUUGGGAUAGAUAUCCAAUCCCUGAGCAUGUUCUCUAUCAAACUUCCAAAUGGAGUGGAGUUUGAGUAUGAUGCAAACAUUGCUCUGUCCCGUGCAGAGGGUUCUGGAUUCUGUCUCGUUCAUGUGAGGAGGUUUCAGAUCUCUGCCUGGCGCUACACUAUGGACCCCAGUAGCACUGGCAAUUGGGAGCUGAUUGAUACAGUUUCUUUGCGUCAGGUGUUUGGGCCCAAUGCAGAUCCUACUUGGUCUUCUCAGGGUGCUGAUGUUCGAGUGGCUGCGGUUGGGGAUAAUGCUGAUUUUGUGUUCCUAAGGAUACAGAAGAAAGUCUUCUACUUGCAUAUUUCAAGCAGGACAGUGGAAAAAGUGUAUGAGCUAGCGCAACAUGAAUCCCUGUUCGGGAUCUAUCCCUUCAUGAUGGUUUGGCCUCCCACCUUUCCUACAUUGAAUGGUGGGCAUGAUAAUGAUGAAUGAUCCCACAAGAGCGAGGUGCCAGAUUGGGCCAAGAACAUGUCAUGAAGGCACAGGCACAUUCUGCAGCACUGGUACUGAGGGAUUCUGCAUUGGCGGUAGAUGGGUGGUGUGCACUAGUAGAACGAAGUGAUUCCUGAAGUUUCUGGUGGUUGCAGCUAUGUUAGGUGUUUAGUUCUUUCAGCGCAUUAGCUAGUUCUAUUUGGCAGGCCUGUAAGCCUGCAGUGUUGUUAAAUACUUAAAUCUUUUCCCAGCAUGUGACAUGUUUGGAAGGGAUACUACUGAUCUUCUAAACCUCAUGUGGACCAGUUUAACGAAGGACUGUUGUUGCCCAUACUUGGGAAAGAUCUUGUUGGACCAUAUCAGUGGGAAUGUGGGAUGAGGUCUUAAUGCCUUUUACAUGAAAAGGUGUUAUCAAGUACUAUGAAUGUUGAUGAGCAUUGAUCAUUUCAUGUUAGAAUCAUCCUAAUCAACAGUCAUGUCUAGAACUCUAGUAGGUUAAGUCUACACUGGUGGAAGUGUCAAGUCGUUGCCGAUUUAGAUUUGAGCUAUACUCAGCAAGUAUUGCUUAAUGCAUUUAAAGAUAUAGCUUUGCUCCAGCGGUUGGAGCUCUC